UAUCUAUUGGCUUAAUCCAGUAAUCAAGAUUAGCCCACCUCGAAAGGUGCAUCAAUAAUACAGAAUCGUACAUCUUCACAGACUUCUGCUGACAUUCAAACCAACUUUUACAAUCCUCACAACUAAAACCAUCAUAAUACUACUCUUCCUAUAAAUCUUCAAUUCAACACCAAAAUAGAGUUCCACACUUCUCUCACAAACUCUCUCAAAAAUGGCGGACAAACUCUCUGCUUUGAGAUCUUUAAUGGCUUCUCACUCUCCUCCUCUUCAUGCCUUAAUCGUUCCUUCUGAAGAUUAUCAUCAGAGUGAGUAUGUUUCUGAUCGUGAUAAAAGGCGGCAGUUUAUUUCUGGAUUUUCUGGAAGUGCUGGUUUGGCCCUCAUAACAACGGAUGAUGCAAGGCUUUGGACCGAUGGAAGGUAUUUUUUGCAGGCGGAGAAACAGCUAAGUGAUCAGUGGAAGCUUAUGCGUAUGGGAGAGGAUCCUGCAGUAGAGAUCUGGAUGGCAGAUAAUUUGCCAGAAGAAGCAGCUAUUGGCAUUGACCCCUGGAGUGUAUCAAUAGAUACUGCACAGAGAUGGGAACGUGCACUUGAGAAGAAUCAACAAAAGUUAAUUUCAACCUCGAACAAUCUUGUUGAUCAAAUUUGGAAUGAUAGGCCAGAAGCUGAGGCGAAUCCUGUCAAGGUGCAACCACUGGAGUUUGCUGGACGCACAGUUGCAGAAAAGUUGCAAGAUUUAAGGAGAAAACUUAUGCAGGAGAAAGUACACAGUAUUAUUAUCUCUGCACUUGAUGAGGUUGCUUGGUUAUUCAAUAUUCGUGGGAAUGAUGUUUCAUAUUGUCCAGUUGUUCAUGCUUUUGCUGUAGUAACAUCAGCAGCAACAUUCGUUUAUGUGGACCAACGAAAAGUAUCUCCUGAGGUGCAAACUUACAUGAUGGAAAACAAAAUUGAAGUCCGUAACUAUGAUGCAGUUGGUGCAGAUGUUGACCUGCUGGCAUUUAAUCAGCUUGCUUCUUCCUUGCCGGUUAAUGCUGCAGAAAAUAAAACUGGGGAGACGGGAAAAGAUUGUAACUUCAUAUGGAUGGACCCUCGUUCAUGCUGCUAUGCUUUGUAUUCCAAACUUAAGUCUGAUCAAGUCUUAUUGCAGCAGUCUCCUUUGGCACUUGCAAAAGCUUUGAAGAAUCCUGCUGAAAUGGAAGGCUUGAAGAAGGCGCAUGUGCGGGAUGGUGCAGCUGUUGUGCAGUUCCUUGUGUGGCUUGAUAAGCAGAUGCAGGAGGCUUAUGGGGCUCCAGGGUAUUUUUCUGAGGCUGAGACAGAAAGGAAAAAACCUUCGGAAGCACAGAAGCUGACAGAAAUCUCAGUGAGUGAUAAGCUAGAAGGUUUCCGUGCAUCAAAGGAGCAUUUUAGGGGCCUGAGUUUUCCUACCAUUUCAUCUGUUGGUCCAAAUGCGGCCAUUAUUCAUUAUGGGCCCAAUCCUCAAACUUGUGCUGAGAUGGAUCCAGAUCGAAUUUACCUGUUUGAUUCAGGAGCACAGUAUCAAGAUGGAACAACUGAUAUUACUCGGACAGUGCAUUUUGGACAACCUUCUGCUCAUGAAAAAGCUUGCUACACAGGGGUUCUUAAAGGUCACAUUGCAUUGGGUGAUGCUCGGUUUCCAAAAGGAACUAAUGGUCAUGCUCUUGACAUUCUUGCACGAAUUCCUCUGUGGAAAUAUGGGCUUGAUUAUCGUCAUGGUACUGGUCACGGCAUAGGAUCUUACCUCAACGUGCAUGAAGGUCCUCAUCUAAUUAGCUUCAGACCUCAAGCUCAGAAUGUACCUCUGCAGGCUGCUAUGACUGUAACGGAUGAGCCUGGUUACUAUGAGGAUGGGAAUUUUGGUAUUAGAUUGGAGAAUGUGCUUAUAGUGAACGAGGCAAAUACGGAAUUUAACUUUGGUGACCGAGGAUAUUUGGGGUUCGAGCACAUUACAUGGGCUCCGUAUCAACGCAAAUUGAUAAAUUUAAGCCUUCUGACUCCAGAAGAAAUAAGUUGGGUGAACACAUAUCAUUCAAGGUGUCGAGAAAUUUUGACACCUUAUAUGAAUGAUACUGAGAUGGCAUGGCUAAGAAAGGCAACAGAACCCAUUUACAUUUUAUAAUUAUUCUCAAUUUAUAAUUUUGUAAGAUAUUGUCAACCUAUAUUUGAUUUUAUUGUAUUUUCCUUUGAGAUCUUUAUUUUAUAUCAAAGUAUUCUUACUUUAAUUUAUGUUUUCUUCAAAUAAUGACACUAAAUUAUCAGGUUAAGUAGUCUA